GGAGCCCCUUUCUCAGCAGCACAGCACAGCAUCACCGCCUCGCCUCACUGAGAAAGGAACAGAGAGGAGAGAAAUGCAAAGGGAUGUAAGAUGGCAGAGCUACAAAUGCUAUUAGAGGAGGAAAUCCCUGCCGGUAAAAGAGCUCUGGUGGAAAGCUACCAGAACCUGUCCCGGGUUGCGGAAUACUGUGAAAACAAUUAUGUUCAGGCUCAAGACAAGAAGAAGGCCCUGGAAGAGACCAAGGCCUACACCACCCAGUCUCUGGCCAGCGUGGCCUACCAGAUCAAUGCCUUAGCCAACAAUGUGCUGCAGCUGCUGGACAUCCAGGCCUCGCAACUACGACGCAUGGAGUCCUCCAUCAACCACAUCUCCCAGACUGUGGACAUUCAUAAGGAGAAGGUGGCACGUCGAGAGAUCGGCAUCCUGACCACAAAUAAGAACACUUCUCGCACCCACAAGAUCAUCGCCCCGGGCAACAUGGAGCGGCCAGUGCGCUAUAUUCGAAAGCCAAUCGACUACACGCUGCUAGAUGAUGUUGGACACGGCGUCAAACAACAUGGGAACAAUGCAGCAGGGCGAGGAGGGACGCUUUCCAGGACCAACCCGCCUACACAGAAACCCCCAAGCCCCCCAAUGGCUGGUCGUGGUACACUGGGGCGCAACACUCCCUACAAGACACUGGAGCCAGUGAAGCCCCCGGUGGUGCCCAAUGACUACAUGACGAGCCCGGCUCGACUGGGCAGCCAGCAGAGCCCUGCACGCACAGCUUCGCUCAACCAGAGGCCCCGGACACACAGUGGCAGCAGUGGUGGAAGUGGCGGCAGGGAGAACAGUGGAAGCAGUGGAGUGGGUAUCCCUAUAGCAGUUCCCACCCCCUCCCCUCCCAGUAUGGGGCAAGUGGCGACAUCUUCAGCCUCAGUGCCCCAGGGUCCCGGAUUGGGUCCCAUCCCCAUGUCCCAGUUCGGCACCAUCUCCCGCCAAAUCUCCCGUCACAACUCCUCCACCACCUCCUCUGCUUCCAUGGUGUCGGCCACCGGCACCUACCGCCGCGCCCCUUCAGUCUCCUCCCAGCAGCCCCACAUCAACGGGGGCCCAGCCUACCCGCAGAACUCAGUAACAGACAGCCCAGCUCCGCCUCCUCCGCCUCCCCCAGAGGACAUCGGUGUGUUUGAGGAGCCCUCCCCACCACCUCCUCCCCCACCCGUGGACUACGAGGAAGAGGAGGCCGCGGUGGUCCAGUACAGUGAUCCUUACGCUGACGGAGACCCUCAGUGGGCCCCCAAGGUUUACUUAGAGAAAGUUGUGGCCAUCUACGACUACUCCAAGGAUAAGGAGGAUGAGCUGUCCUUCAUGGAGGGAGCCAUCAUCUACAUAAUCAAGAAAAACGAUGACGGUUGGUUCGAAGGCAUCUGCAACGGCGUCACCGGACUCUUCCCAGGAAACUACGUUGAGUCGAUCAUGCACUAUGCUGACUAA